AUGGCUGCCGGAGGCACCAAUGUCUUCUUCGUGCCCUACAGACCUCAUUCCAAGUCGAAAAAGCCGCCGUCAGAUGCAUCUGCAAUCUCUCAGCAGAAACACGCUGCCCGCGAAUACCAUCGAAAAGCCAAGCUUGAACGUCUCGCUAAACUAAACGCCAUACAUAACCGCCAUGCACGCAGCUCCAGUGCAGAUCCUCAGCCUGGUGCCUCUUCUCGACCGCUUUUGCUUCGAAACAAAAGCUUUCCAACCGACGAGGACUACGACAGAACGUUCGCUGUGUUCGACGUUGGCACUGGAAAACUUGAUCCCUUCAAUGCCUGUGUUCCCAGUGGUGUGCCUUCGUAUGCUCUUGACAUCUUGGAUUAUGGUCGCUCAAAUCUUGAAUCGGGCAUUGCCCUCUGCCUAGCGCACUAUCCUGUGGCACCGGAAGCUGUGAAUGCGUCUCUGUCCUCAGCAGCCGCCGUUUCAAAGCAAUGGAGGAUAAUGAGCUCCUCCAGAACCAUGCUCUCCGAGGGAACUAUCAAAACGGCCCUGUUGGCAUGUGCUAUGCAUUCUCCCGCCGCAUUCUGGUCGAUUAUCUUCGCAGGCGCAACUCAUAAUGCCUAUCUUCUAGGCGAAGCAGAUGCCCCCGGUCGCAAUCGUGCAUUACGUUUGUCAUACAAGACUCAGGCCAUUAGGGAGCUGAAUCGCGAGAUCCAAGAGCUCCAAGGCCCGGCUUCUGACGAGCUUCUUCUUGCCAUCAUCACGCUCGCGUCCCAUGGGUCUGGCGAGCAAUUAAAUCCACCCUCACAAGAAGAGAAUCUGAGCGCAUUACAGUCGGUCCAGAGCUUUCAAUAUUAUGGCCGCAUGCAAAAAGAAACAGCACAUUUGAAGGCCAUUUGUCACUUGGUGUAUCAGAAAGGAGGUCUCCAUACUGUGAAAAUGCCCGGACUAGCGAACGCCCUUGCGCUGGCCGACACCUUCUAUUCUUUCCAAGAUAUGCGCGUACCUGCCUUCCCGCUGCUGGCGCCAACAAGCUUGAUUAUGUCGACAUGGUCUGAGCCGUCCACCCUUCAAGCCCCAUCUCUCCAGAAUUUGACAAGUGGUUUCCAAGAUCUUGGGAACAUCGCCGGUUUUGGUCCCUUGAUGGAAGUUCUUCACAACGCUCGCCUGAUUACUAUCGGCCUUGACGCAUAUCUUUCCGGACACCCUUCAGCGCCAUCUCUGAACCGAAUCAUCUGCGCGAGAAACUUCAUGACCCACGACCUCCUCUCCCUCCCCUUAACUCCCCCGCUUCCAGACCUCCGCCCUAGUGCUGCACAUCGGCAUGACAACAGCAGCUCGAACAUGACCACUCUCUGCUCCCCACUACAGUCUUUGUACAGCCUCGUCCGUCUAUCGACAAUGGCAUACACGCUUCUAGUGCUCUUCCCCGUGCCCACCGUCGCAGGUAUCCAUGGUAAAUUGGCACAACAACUCAUGCUCGCGUUGGACGACUGCGUUGUGAUGGACCUCUGGAUCACGCAUUCGAAACUGUUGCUUUGGAGUACUGUCCUAGGAGGGAUAGUCGCAAAAGACACCAGUCUGAGGCCAUGGUUCGCCGAGAUGAUCAGGCAGGCUAGGACCAAAACCACGAAUCUGGCACUCAUGGACUCAGCGAGCAGGGGCAGCAGAAAUCGACUUCGGAGUUGCAACAAUCCAAGUGCGUCCGAGGAGGACAAGACAGAGGGAGAAUCGCGGGCCUUGUGGACUGUUGUGAGGGACAUGUGUUGCCGCUUCCUCUGGUUUGACGGGCCCGAAUGUGACGGACUAGGUCGAGCCAUUUGGGAGGAGGCCUGUGACACCACGCGGCAGCUUCGCACGAUGGGCUAG